CCAGGCUUUAUCAAGUAUCUACCACCUCUAAAGAGAUGGAAGAACGUGCCAAGGCAUGAGUUGUGAAAUCACUAUGCCCCUUCCUUCCUCGGGCGGGGUGAAAUGGUACCGUUCUGGCACGUUCAGCAGACAACAGCCACAGUACUCACGCGCAUGUGCUUCGCAAUUCACCCCAACACCAGCCACUCGCGCGCUAGCGUGCGUCCUUGCGCCGCGCCUCCCACCUCUUGAGCACCUUCCCCACUGCCUUUUAAGCGCAUUUCCUCUCGCACAACUUGCACUCCCAUACAUCGACCUCGUCACAGCACACAACAGCAGCUACCGAAAGCCUCAAUUGCACUCAAGCUCGCUUUGACUUGUCUUCUACUCUCCAUUCGCUUCGACCAGUUCCAAUCGUAUACACAUUCCCAUCGAAAUGGACUCCCAAGCUCGUCGCCCCAUGUCUCAGAACGGCCGCCAGCAGCAAUCUGCUCCUCAGGCACCGUCCCAAGUGCCCAAUCGAGCUCCGUGCGCCCAAUACCCACAGUAUCCGACGCCAAUGGCUGCUGAGAACUCGCAUUUCCCCGACAUUGCGACGGUCAUGGAAGGCCAUGCGUUUCCGCACCUGCAAGGCCAACAGUAUCCUCAGGAUAUGUUCCAGCAGCAGUAUGGUUCAGCUCAAGGCUUCCCAAGCUAUCAGUCCGAUAUGCAAGACCAUCGCGAGAAGAACUCUCCGACCGGUCACAAGCAUCACGGUUAUAAUCCCAGCUAUAUGAGCUCCUCGCCAUACACACCGGGUGCUCCAGACAAUCAACAACUUGCACAAGCUUCGCCGACGACCCCAGCAGCACCCGCUCAGCAGGGUAAGAACAGUGCGACCCCCGUGUACGGCUCUACCAAGGAAGGACUCACCAAUAUCAAUUCGGAUCGGACCACUCUGGCGCAGCAAGUCCCUCCGACCGCACAGCGGGUGGGCAACGAGCGUGGCGGCACUCCCGUGAGCAACCACUCUGCGCACGCGGGGCCUGCCCCAUUGGGCGAUCUCCAUGAAAAUCAGGCUCAACAACAGGUGCCUGAACAUGGUGGCAACGAUCCCGGCUCUGCGGCUGCUACUGGCGUGGGCUCUCGUUCGGAGCGAUUCAGCGACUCUGGAUUUGAGGAGUCGUCUCCCCACCCUGGUCGGUCUCCAUGGAAUCGCUUCAAUCCUGGCCAGAUCUUCUCGGGUGGAGAGCCGUAUUUGGCUCCUCAGAUGAUGCAGGGUGGAUUUCUCCCAUAUGGACGCGGUUAUGUGCCUUACCCAGGUGCAUCUAGGAAUGGAGGCCAUCUCUCCGUUGCGCUCGAGCAAAAUGUCCCGACUAUUGCUUACCAGCAAGCAUUUGGACCUGCACUUCCUGAUCCCCAGAACGCCUUUUAUGAACAGUACGUGAGCGCUCAAGAUCAGCAGCCCACGUAUGGCGUCGGAUUUCAGCUCGAUGGUAACGGCCCGCCCACGACCACUCACCUUCAGGCAGCGUCUCCUGCCGCCCUCCAGCCAACGCAGGGCCGUGGGCGACGAAAGGACCGGCUUGGAGAAGUUAGCCGGAACGCCACAGGAAAUAAAGUGGCUACCGUUCCAGCACUGGCUGCGCCUGGAGCAGGAUUCAGCGUGCCACCUGCUCAACCACAACUUCACGGUCAGGUCCCAGCCCACAUCCCUGCUCCGCGCCCUGCUCAACAGAAGAAGAAGGGUCAGGGCAAAGGGGAACUGCAGGAGCCACAGCGGGAUCCAGUAACUGGCUUGUUCUUCAGCAGCUACGACGACGCUGAACAGCGGGUUACGCUGCGCGCCAAUUGGAAGGCCCCAGCCGAUGAUCAUACAAUCCCUCGGACGGAUGCCGCCAAGCAAGAAUGGGUCCGUCAGUUGUAUGCCGCGUUCACAAACGUGAAAGGUGUUCUGGACAAGCCUGGAGCGGUACUUCUGUCGCGGUGGAUACAGCAUGACAGCAAUAAGCAACCGAUUCGCGAUGAGCGCGGAGACUAUCUGCCGCAAUAUAGCUAUUUCAAUGAGGCGGCAAUUGAGAAGGUCUGCUGGGACAUCCUCGAUACCGUUAUCCGACUGCACGAAGAAGGCCCCGGCAUGUUACCUAUCCACGAUAAGGAAGUUCUUCGUCAGGCUAGCAAGGACAAGGAUCUGACGUUCAAGAAGCGGAUGGAAGCAAUCAUGAAGGUCCUUCGCCUUCACAAGAAUCGCUGCGGUGAUAUGAUGAAGGCCGGGAAUAUACUGGAAUUGGUGCUUUCGCCAGGCGCGAAAGAUAAGUCGUCCAAAAACAACCUGGGCGCGAAUACUAGGCGCCAAGAGACCCUGAAACGUGGGCGAGAGGCGAUUCAGCAGGAGGAGUUGGACAAGGAAGGAAAGACGGCAAAAGCGAAUGCGACGGCGGCGAAGAAAGGUAGGAAGAAGAAAGACGCAGGACAUACCGACGCUGCCGUCGCUGUUCAGCCUGCCGCUCAGCCGGAAGGCGCUGUCCGAGUCCAGCAUGUGGCCCAGCAUCAGUCCGUGAUCGACGACAAGACUGCAGGCAAUGCUCAGCAUGCUGUGCAGGAUGCUGUUCACAAUCAGCAGGCCUUGCAGGGCCAGCAGGUACACUUUGGCUCUUCUAUGGGCCUUGGUCAAGGCGCGUACCAGUAUCAAGGCCAUCUUCACGACCAGGCUGCAGGCCAUGCUGAGCGGGUGACUGAACCCCAAGUCUCCACCUUGGACCGAGACGCCGUCCACGAGCGGGACGAACUCAAUCGGCCCGGCGCCGAAGACUACAACGAAGUCGACGCGGAGGUGUCUCCCAUGGUCCAGCAGGAGCCUUCAGUCGAGGACCUCGCACCCUUCCCACCCUUCCCACCCGAUCUGAAUCCCAAUAUUCCGACAGAUCCGGUAUUAUUCGGUUAUAAUUCGUUGGGGAUGGACGACUCCCCUUUCGAACUGGAUGCCGAGACUGAUGCCCUCUUCAAUGGUCCCAUUCGAUUCGAGGGUGGAGGCAAUGGCGCGAAGGCUGAUAGCCCUGUUGGCGACAACUUCGAGGGCCACAACCAAGCUCCACCGUCUCCAACCACUGCUGACACCUCGCGUAAGCGGAAGCGCCGAUCCUCGCCAGACUCGGAAUAUAAUGUCGAGGAGGAAGAGCGUGCUAGCCCCAAGCGGGCGCGCACUGAGUCCGCGAAUGUGCUUGGUGGUUUCAUAUGGUUAUGCUGGCUCGGUGGGGCUUUGGUAUCGUACAUUGUUUAUGCGCGGAUGUUUCUCGUAACAUCCUUUGAGCGGCGGUUACUGCAUUUUCUUUAUUACGGACACGGGAACGGUUUCUUUUACAUCGGCAUUUUCCAGCGGACAUGGUUGCAAGCUUGA